AUGAAUAAUCUUUCAACAACUAAAGUAUGGUUUGGACUAUUGCUAGUCUCUAUUAUCGCUUUAUUCUUCACACCUAUCUCAGCAUUACUAGACCGCGAAACAGUAUUCGAGAUAACCCCUCGUUUAUUAAAACGUAAUAACGCAAACGGAGCUGACGAUCAAGUAUCAAGAUGUAAGUGUGUAUUUGCUGCCGCAACAUUUGGCACCGGCAACAGAGAUCCACUAAAACCUCAUGGAACGAUAAACUUCUUCCAAAAUCCAUGUGGGCAAACCAGCCUACAAGGAGAAUUUUCGUCCGGGUUCCAGGAUACUACGGCGAAAUAUGAAUUCAAAGUUUUGGACGCUGAAGGAAAUGUACUUCAGGAUUUGACAAAACUAAUUAAAUUGGAUUUCUUUAAUAACGGAGCCGUAUUGCCAUUCAAAGCCACAACUAGAAAGAUUAAGACUCCUCCGUAUGGUCCGAUCGUAGUUGGUAGUGGAGGAAGCCGUGGCGGCUUCUCUACUGCUCCAAAAGUUCUCAAUAAUCGAUUAUUCCUUUUCAAGAAUAGCAAUAUUUAUGGUGAAAGUUCCAUCGCAAGAAAUGGUAACAUUGGACGUCCUUAG